AUGAACCCGAUCCGGAUGGCAAAUGCCAAGUUUCAUCUAUUUCCUUGUCUUCCAACCGAACUCCGCCUCCACAUCUGGCACGAUUCCCUCCCCGCAACCCUGGGAACAGGUUCAGCCGCAUUCCCCUACAAAAAGGGCUGCUGGGGCCCCCGCCAUCUCACCCCGGCCGAUCUCGAAUACGACUCGAUGAACGAUGACCUGAACCUCAACUUUGAAUUCAAUCAUACCCUCCUGGAUUCUCUCAAGCUCAACCUGCCACUAUUCCACAAAUCUGGACAACUCGUCUUCAUCCGCCCCUUCAAUGCAGAAACCGACACCCUCUACGUCGCGCGGAGCCAAUGGCACGACUUCAUCUGCGAGCCGCUGGAGCGGCCGUUUGAGGAGGACCUGGUCGAGCGACAUCUAGGCUGUCCAGGCCCCGCGUUCUCAAGACUCGCGAUUGACGAUUGGAUCCUGUCCAACGAGGCAAAUUGCUUGGCUGAACUGUUUGAUCAUUACUAUACCAUCGUGACCGUAUUCGUGAUAGUCGAGUUCCGUUCCGAGGAGGGCGUCGGUGGUGAGUGUGAGGCUGAGCAUGUCACUGCCGCUAGGAAUCCGACGCAGUGGCGGGAGAUUGAGAGCUCGCAUUUGUUAGGGCCGACAUUUUAUUGGGAUGAAGCGAGUCGCAGCUUUCUGUGGAAGGAUAUCGUUGAAGGGACCGAGGUGACUGAUUAUCCCCUGUGGAAGACGUUGAAUUAUAUGGGGCAGAAGUUGCCGGACGUAUUAGCGGGAUGGCGCCGUCGGCGGUUUGAGGUGCGGCCUGCUUGUCUUGUGACGAAAUAUACAUGA